UGUGCGCGGUGGUGGCGGCAGCAGCCGGGGGUCCUCGGCGCAAGUGGCUCGGGGGGGCUGGCAGCUCCCUGCCCCGCGCCCCACCCCUCCGCGCCGGCACUCCGAUAAGAGCGGCUGCCGGCAGCACCCGUUCCCCGGCGCGGGCGCGGCUGGGAGAGCCGGCGGGACCAUGGCCGUGGCGAGGGUGAACCUGCGCGCCCUCACCUCCUGGGUGGGCAUCGCCCGGCUCUUCGCCGUCGUGCUGUCCUGCCUCACCUUCAGCUUGGUGGCCUCCACGGGGAACUUCGGGGAUGCCUCGGGGACGUGGUGCAUGUUCACCUGGUGCUUCUGCUUCGUCGUGACGCUGCUGGUGCUGCUGCUGGAGCUGCUGGAGCUCUACCCCGUGCUGCCACUCUCCUGGGACGACUUCACUUCAGCUUUCUCCAUGCUGGCGGUGCUGAUGGUCUUCACCUCCUCGGUGGUCUUCCCUGCCACCUUCAUCAGCAGCCCCUGCAGCAGCAACCAGUGUGCCCGGCAGGCCGUGGCCACCACCACCUCCUUCCUCUGCUUCCUCGCCUACGCCGUCGAGGUGGGACUGACCCGCGCCAAGCCCGGGGACAUCAGCAGCUUCCUCUCCACUGUGCCCGGGCUCCUCAAGGUCUUCGAAGCCUACGUGGCUUGUCUUAUCUUCUCCUUGCUGGAUGAUUACAGUCCCAAAUCCGGCCUGCUGUGGUGUAUCGCCGUCUACUCCAUCUGCUUCAUCUUCACCCUCCUCAUCAUCAUCUUCACCAUCGGCCGGUGCCUCGCCUACUUUCCCUUCCCCCUGGACAAGGUGCUGGUGGGGUACAACUUCCUGGCCCUGCUGAUGUACAUCACUGCCACCGUCAUCUGGCCCCUCUACAGCUUCAAGGGACGGCCCCGCCCCGAAUCCUGCGGCAGGAACUGCCCGUGGGACAAGCACCUGGGGAUCACCUUCCUCACCAUCUUCAACCUCAUCGCCUACUUGGUGGACUUGGUCUACUCCAGCAGGAUGGUCUUCAUCAGGACACCUUCCUAAGGGCUUUGGGUGGGGUGAGGGCUGGGUUGAGGGCUGGGUGCCGGUGUGGGGCUGCCGGUGGAGCGGAGGAAGAGGCUGGAUGCCUCGGAAAGCUCCUCCCUGCACCAAAGCAGAGCUGUGGGGCACUCCUGGGGUGUGCUUAGCCGGAGGCCCCAUGGGCUGCACAGGUAG